CCCAAUUUUCUUAUUUUCAGCAGCCCUUGUUUAAUCUGACCCUCUAGAGGGAUCGUUCGUUCCGAAGCGGCUUUUUCUUUGUAUUUCGCAUCGGGUUUCGAAUCUCUUUCCGUCGAUCGACUUCUCCCAAUCUUUCUCGACGGAUACCUUUUCGAUUUCAGAAGCGUUUUCUCCUGGCUGGAAUUGGAGAGCUAGGGGUUUUGUUUGAUUGGAUUCUUGUACCAGUUUUAGUUUUGGCUGUUUGGGAUGACGAUUCCUAAUUCGGAGGGCUUCCUCUCGGCGGGAAGCUGCCUGCCGUGCACUCCCGAGGAGGAGAAAGAGAUUAUAUUGGAGUUGACCAGAGCCGCCGAGGCUAAUCAGAAGGAAGGGGAUCUGUACUACGUGGUAUCCCUAAGAUGGUGGAGGGACUGGCAAGAAUACGUGGGGUUAGACAGGUUCAGUGAGCACUCUAGCCAGGGCAAUCUAAUUACUCUGCCAAGACCUGGAAAAAUAGAUAAUUCUAAGCUUGUAUUAAAUGGAAUAGAUGCAGAAGGUAUUGAACUUGAUCUUCAGCGGAAUCUGCAGGAAGGAGAAGAUUAUACAUUGGUGCCCCAUGAAGUUUGGAAGAAGCUCCUUGAAUGGUACAAGGGAGGACCAGAACUACCUAGGAAAGUCAUUUCUGAGGGCAUCAAUGUCAAGGAAUUCAGAGUAGAAGUUUACCCUCUGUGCCUUAAAUUAAUUGAUGCAAGAGACAACACCCAAAGAACAAUUAGGAUUAGCAGAAAGGCUACAGUCAGCGAGCUUUACAAAACUGUUUGCACUCUCCUUGAGCUAGAACAGUCAAAGGCCUGUAUUUGGGAUUAUUAUGAAAAGAGCAAAAAUCAUAUUUUGAAUAACUUUGAUCAAACCUUAGAAGAAGCUCAGUUGCAGAUGGACCAGGAGAUUCUUUUGGAGGUGCAACCUGAUGAGCUUUGGCCUUCUAGUUUUGACACAAAUACAACAGGAAAUGAACUUGCUUUGGUCCCACUAGAACCAUCGAGGUCAUCUAUUACAAUUGCUGGAGGCCCUACUAUAUCAAAUGGUUAUUCAACUGGAUUUGGCACUCAUUUGCUACAGGGGAAUAAUUUUAGUUUGCCACUAAGGGAUGCAGAGGAUGGUGAUGACAUUUUAAACAAUGGGGCAAAAGUAGAUGGUCGCGGACUGACAGGAUUGCAUAAUCUGGGGAACACUUGUUUCAUGAACAGUGCCAUUCAAUGUUUAGUUCACACAGCCCCUCUGGUAGAGUACUUUUUGAAAGAUUACAGCGAAGAGAUAAACAAGGAGAAUCCUUUGGGAAUGCAAGGUGAGCUUGCAAUUGCAUUUGGAGAGUUACUAAGGAAAUUAUGGUCAUCAGGACGGACAUCUAUAGCACCACGUGCAUUUAAAGCAAAACUAGCUCGGUUUGCUCCCCAAUUUAGUGGAUAUAAUCAACAUGAUUCUCAGGAACUUCUUGCAUUUCUAUUGGAUGGGCUGCACGAAGAUUUAAACCGUGUAAUAAACAAACCCUAUAUUGAAGCAAAAGAUGCAGAUGGUCGUCCAGAUGAUGAAUUUGCUGAUGAAUGUUGGAAGAACCACAAGGCUCGGAAUGAUUCUGUUAUUGUGGAUUUUUGCCAGGGUCAAUACAAGUCAACAUUGGUGUGCCCAGAUUGCAGCAAAGUUUCUGUGACUUUUGACCCCUUCAUGUACUUGUCAUUGCCACUACCUUCAACAGUUACACGGAUGAUGACUGUUACCGUAUUCAGUGGUGACGGGAAUGCUCUCCCCAUGCCUUUCACUGUAACAGUACCAAAACAUGGUUGUUGUAAAGAUCUAAGUCGAGCCUUGAGUACAUCUUGUUGCUUAAAGAGUUCUGAAGCAUUAUUGCUUGCAGAGGUUUAUGACCACCGUAUCUAUCGGUACUUAGAGAAUCCUUUUGAGUCACUAUCUAGUAUAAAAGAUGAGGAGCAUAUCGUGGCCUACAGAGUUCCCACAAAUCAUGAUAAAUUACCGAGACUAGAGAUAAUGCAUAGGAGAACAGACAGAUUCUUAUCCGAGCCUCAGUUUAAUGUUCAUCGGAAGCUUAUGGGAACUCCAUUGGUUACAUAUUUAGCCAAGGACUCUAUAACUGGGGCAGACAUCCAUGCUGCAGUAAGUACUGUGCUGGCACCAUUGCUGCGAGAAAAAACUUUUCCGCCUACAAAUCGGGCCAAAAUUAGCAAAGAGAAUGGCUGCGGGCCAAGUUUAGAUGCUAUCGUUCUGACGGAAAAUGGUUCUUGUUCAAGUGCUGAGGACCUAUCCACAUCCAAUAUGGAAUCAGAAGAGAUAGCUAAUGGACUUCCAUCCUUACAGCUUGCCUUAACUGAUGAGAAGGGUGCCAGCAGGAUCUCUAUUUUUACUGAUUCUAGUAUUUUUCCUGGGUUUUGUGGAAGGGUAUUGAUGGACUGGUCAGACAGAGAACAUGAAUUGUAUGAUUUCAGCUUCCUUGAGGAUCUACCUGAGGUGUUCAAGUCUGGAUUUAUGUUGAAGAAAACACGGCAGGAAGCAGUCACUCUGUUUUCAUGCUUGGAAACAUUCUUAAAGGAGGAACCUCUAGGCCCUGACGAUAUGUGGUAUUGUCCUAGCUGCAAGGAACACAGGCAAGCAACCAAGAAGCUGGACUUGUGGAGGUUACCUGAGAUCUUAGUUGUUCACUUGAAACGAUUCUCUUACAGCCGAUUCUUGAAGAACAAACUUGAUACCUUUGUGAACUUCCCUGUUCACAAUCUUGAUUUAAGCAAGUAUGUUAAACACAGGGAAGUUGCUCCCCAUUCUUAUGUAUACAAUCUUUAUGCCAUCAGCAACCAUUAUGGUGGCUUAGGUGGCGGUCACUACACUGCAUAUGCAAAGUUAAUAGAUGAGGACAGCUGGUUCCAUUUUGAUGACAGUCAUGUUUCCCCUGCGAAUGAGGAUGAAAUCAAGACAUCGGCAGCUUAUUUGCUUUUCUAUCGGCGAGUUGAAGUUGAUUCUAAGAUGAGCAUGGAGGAAACAUCAUCCUCCAACUCACCAAGUUGCUGAGCAUGGAGUGGCGUGGACUUGAAGUUUUAAAGUGACGAUUCAAUUGUUCUGAUAUUGUUAACAAUAAUGGCCAGGUCACAUGAAUUGGCUGACUCUGCUGCUGUGGUGGUUAUAAUGGCCCUAGUAGUGGGGUGCCAUGCAAGCGAUUUGGCUUGUGAACUGGCCAUUGAAUAGCCAUUACUCUUUACAUGUUGAUAGGCGGGGAUUGGUGUCCAAAUUCUAGUUUAAGCGGUACAGCUGAUUAGGGGGUCCUCAUUCCUUUGAAUUAGAAAUUUUUGGUUUGAUCUUUUUUAUAUUCAUUUAGUAGUAGGCAUCAAUGAGGUUCUAUUUUUCUGUAUCUCCCCAUCUAGGGGUGAAAUUGAGUUGUUUUGAUUGUGUUCUUGAUCUGUAUCAAUUUUAUACCUCAUUUUGGAAACAUUUUGCCCAUGGCCAUGGGUUACUAGGGUUCGCUAGACUUCUUGUUUGUAACCUGCAGAAAGUUUUUAAGUGCAGGCAACUUUGCAUUCCCUAGGGCUACAUUUUGUUGUGGUAUAGGCAAAACUGGAAGCAAAACUAGAGCAAUGGAAGUUUCGGGUGGAAUUAUUGUAUCUGCUCUUUAUUCGGGCUUGUUGUCUGUAAGUACUUCGUGCAAGAACCUGUGUGAUCUCUCUGUAUGAUUAAAGCAAGAGAGGUCUUUCGGUGGGUGUAGACCUGUGUUCUCUUGCUAACUUUGUCAUGAGAUGCUUCGUGGCUGCUCUUGUAUUUGGAGAGUUAGCUAAAGAAAUGUUCGUGGGAGAAUGUUUCAAUUCUUA